UGAGCUGCCCAUUUGAGCUGACACUGGAUAGCUAACCAUAUGCUAUCAAAAAUUAAAGAUUAAAAUAAUUAAUACGAUCAAAACUGGUUUUUUCUUUGGACCUCUCCUGCCCCUCUCUCUCUCUCCCUCUAGGGUUUUGCUUAUGCUCGUCUUUGGCUCCCUAUAUCACAUUUACUCCAUCUUGUUGGGACAAGCAGUCAAGAGUAAGUUUUUUGGGUUUGUUCAUCAAUGGGUGAUACAGAACAUGCAUUUCCACCUUCAAAGAAGAGAGCUGCUGGACGGGAGAUCUCAAGAGACAACCCUGGUCUUGAUGAUGAGGAAGAUCUUGCAGAGCAAGAGACUGGAACUUUCAAGAGGGCCAGUGAUGAGGUGCUGGCUAGUAGACGAAUUGUAAAAGUUCGUCGCAAUCAGGCCUCAUCAACCCCUUCAUCUAAUCCAUUUGCUGGGAUUCAGCUGGUCCCUCCUACUGAGCCAACUACAGCCCCUGCUGUAGCAGCAACUGAAGAACUCGCUACUAGUGAGAAAGUUUCGGAAGAUGGGAAAACUGAUUCUAUUGAGACUGGUAAGGAGUCAGAAAGCAAGAUUGAAGAGCCAGUGGCUGAAACUGCUGCAAAGGAGGAGAUCACUGAGGAUAAGGAGAAUAAUAAUGUAGUCAAUGAGGCAACCAAAUCCAAGGUUGAUAAUGAAAAGCCAGAAGAAGAUGAUAAGACUCGGAAUGAAAAAGCAGUGGGUGGAGAAGAGACAGAGAAUAAAGAAGCAGCAGAAGGUGAUAAGACUGAAAGUGAAGAGAAGAAGGAUAAUGGUAGUGAAAAUCUAGAUCCAAGUUCUGAAAGCACACGUUUGAGUUCAUUCCAACAGCUUUCAAGUAGCCAAAACGCUUUCACAGGGCUUGCUGGAACUGGGUUUUGCACUUCUACAUUCACCUUUGGUUCAGUUCCUAAAGAUGGGUCUUCAUCUGGCACUGGUACUGGUUCUUUGUUUGGGCAGAAAAAUGACCAGCCCUCAUUUAGUUUUGGUCUUUCUAAUAAUGGUAAUUCUUCAAUCUUCAACACAAUGGGGUCUUCUAUCGUCUCAAAGAAUGAGGGAACUGGUUUUCCAUCUAUGCAAGAGGUUCCAGUUGAGACAGGGGAAGAGAAUGAGAGAGUAGUUUUCUCUGCUGAUUCGGUGUUAUUUGAGUUUUUUAAUGGUGCCUGGAAGGAGCGUGGAAAAGGGGAACUCAAGAUUAAUGUCUCUACUAGUGGGACAGAAAGAGCCAGACUUCUUAUGAGAGCUAGGGGUAAUUACAGGUUAAUUCUGAAUGCAAGUCUUUACCCUGACAUGAAGCUCACAAAUAUGGACAAGCGUGGUGUCACUUUUGCGUGCAUGAAUAGUACUGGUGAAAAUAAGGAUGGUCUUUCUACAUUUGCGCUGAAGUUCAAGGACGGCUCCAUAGCAGAAGAGUUCCGAGCAGCUGUUGCAGCACAUAAAGGUAAAACAGCUACAGAUCUGAAGACUCCAGAGAAUUCACCCAAGGCUUCUGAUUGAAUGGAACAUUGCAUUGAUUACACAGAAUUCUUGUCCCUGGGCUGCUGUCUCCUUUUGUGGAAAAAGAAGAAUCUUCUUUUGGAGUCAUUCUUGGAACUCUAUGUAGCAGAGUCUUUAACAGAGUUUGGUUCUUUCUUUUCGUUUUUUUAACUUCAGUCUAGUCCUCGGGAGAAUGUUAUUACUUACAUUGGGUAAAUCCCAGAUUCGGAGUGCGUAAGUUGCACCUCAAGAGACUUGGAAUGUUUGACAAUUUUAUAGUUGUUCCCUCUAAUAAGGGAUAUAUAUUUAUAUGAUAUGAAAUUGCAUA